GCAGCCAAUUGUAUAAACAAUGGUUAAAAUAUACCACGGUUAAACUAUAACCGCGGUAUAUACCGUGGUAAGGUAACCACUGGUUAUUUUCUCUUGUAUAAACCAGUUUAACCGCGCGGUAACCUAACCACGUAAAAUAUCAAUUUAACCACGGUAAAUUUUCCGAUAAUGCACUGCGUGCAUGACGUAAUUUUCGCGGACAAAUGUCAGACGACUGUUUGUCAACAAACAUGGCCGCCGUUACAGUUAUUGUACCAAAACAAAGGGCAAAAAUGUUCUCUAUACGAGAAAUAGAUGUUAUUACGGAGUUUAUGAAAACUCAUCUCAGCACCCUGCGAGCAAGUCACACGCAAGGAGGACCAGGGGCGGCACAACGACAGGCCAAGUUGUGGGAAAAAGUGACCGCCGAGAUAAAUGCUUGUGGUAACGGUCCUCGGACCGUGAAACAAGUAAAAGAAAAGUGGAGGAAUAUGGUAAAGAUGGCGAAAACAGAUGUGUCAGCAGAGAGGACCAGUAUGAGGAAGACUGGAGGAGGCCCGCCACGGCCGGAGAUGUCACAGACUUCUCAGACUGUGGCGAGCCUGUACGAGAGCUCAGCAUCUUUUCAUGGUGUGUGUUCAGAUGCUGACACACUCAUCAAUGUUUCUGGCUGCACAGAUGUCGAUAUAGGACAGCAGGUUGUAGACCAUCUAGAUCUGCUCAGCUGGGACCAGCAGGACACAGAGACAGAGACCAGCGAGAGUGCGGAUACAACUACCAGGAAUAUAUUCUCCGUAGCUGCUGCUUUGUGCAACAUCAACCAGCCAACAGGGACAGAAGCAGCGAGGCAGGCGGAUACUGUGCCAGAGGGGGUCAGUAUCCAACCUGACUAUCCAGAGGAUUCUUGUGUACCAUGCGCAAACCGUUCUACUGUCACCACACAGAAGCAAUCAUCGAGCACAAGUUAUCAGCAAAAAAAAGCAGUAAUCACAAAAGAACACUGAAGGACCUCCAAACGGUGUACUUUGAAAAACAGAUUGAUCUAGCCGAGGCACAGAUGGAAUGCUUCAACAAGAUUUCAAAGCUAGCCGAUGUUUUAAUCGAGAAAUUCAAAUAACUUUUGAAAUUAUUAUCUCAGUAAUUCUUGAUAGUUGAUACAUGUACAUUAUAUGUCAUUCCAGACUUCUGAAUAUAUAUAAAAGCUGAAAUAUGAAAAUAAAUUAUGAAACCAAAAUAAAUUGGUGUUAAAAGUG